AUGUCGGAGGAGGUGAUAUUGGCAUCAGCGUCUACCGCAUGUAAUGAAACCAAAGGAUCUUCACAUGAUAAGCAAAGCGUAUCACUGAACCUCCAUCAUCACAAGAAAGGUAAACAAGAUAAAGAUAAAAAUAAAGGUAAGAAUGAUAUUUGCAAUAUCGGUAUUUCAAUAAAGCAGAAACAGUUUGAUAAAGAAUUUCUAAUUCACAAACAACAUGUCUUGGCAAACCUCGCUAGUAAUGCAUGUGAUCACAGUCCUAAAGGUGGUGUGGAUCGUGAUUGUCUUCCGCUUAUGAAAACAUUAAAUGAACAUACAGACUACAUUACAACGAGUAGUUGUAGUGGACGUAUUGCUCUCUUUCAUAGUGUUUCCACUGCAGAGACUCGCUCUGAUCCCGCAGGCAAUGAUGGAUCUGCAGUGAAAAGAGGCCACAAGGAUGCACAAGGAUGGUUAGUCGUUAAACAUGGUCUCUUAACAGAACAAGAGAUUGAUACCAUUGUAGAGAAUCUCUGUGGUAGUUAUGUUAAUGCCAACAACACACAUAAUCCCAAUGCUCCUCACACUAUAAAUGAAAGUAGUGAGGAUGGCGUAUUAACAAAAGAUACUAUCAAACGUGCAGAGAUGGAGAUCGAUGGAGUUUGGGUACAUGAGGGUAUUCUCUCCAACAAGAUAAAUUCACCUCAACUCCCUACAUUUGGUACACUUACAUUAAAGAUGGAGCCUUUUGUCAUGCACGUGGCCUGUCGGUCCAUGUCGAGUGCCAAACUUCUCCUUUCGGCGGCGGCGAGUGAUAGUGGAUUUCGCAACAGUGGAGUGACGCCGCCUGGGAAGAAGAUUAUAUGUGCGAUUCGCCAUGCGGCUGGUCUUGGAUUGGAUGUGCCGCUUAUUGUGGAUGGUGUGAAUUACGUGACUGGACAGCACGACUACGUGCGCCGGCUUUUGUUAUUGGCAAAUGAGAAGAUGCAAGUGAAUGAGGUGAAGCUACGCAAACUUGAAAAGGCAGUGGCACACCGUCUGGCAGAGGGGAAGCAAUCUGAUUGA